CCAUACAAAUAUUAAAAUUUCCCGCCAAUUUAGUGAAUUGUGUAUAUGGUGUCGAAAUCAAUUUUAUAUUUGCAAAUUUUUCUAAUAACAAAAAUUUUUAAUUUGCGAACAACUACUUUUUAAAUAAGGUAACUAUAUUAAUAAUGCGUUUGUAAUCAAGUUUUUGGGUUUGUUGUUGUGUAUUGUGAGUAACUCUUGAAUAUCGGUAUGUUGCAGAUAUGCAACAAAGUACUAUUAGGACUUCUUUUUUGCACUCUCAAUUUUGUUGCAUUUAUGCAACAUACCAUUUAUUGUGCUUAUGUUGUAUAUGUCACUAUAUAAUUCUUUUAUUGUUUUGUGUCAUUAUGUGUUGCUAUGAAUUUAUUUUGGAUUGUCUUAUGUCUUUUAUGUUCUUUGAGGCCGACCUACACAUACUUAUAUUUUUGUAGACAGUAUUUCUUACUUAGGAAUAAUGUCCGCAAGGGGAUUGACACCUUCGAAAAUCGCAAGAUUUUUUAAUAGUUUGGAGAGCGAGGACGAAUUCGAGUUUUCUGCCAAUGAAGAAAGUGAUUUCGAGCCAGACAAAGAAGAAUUGGAUGGUACGGAUGAGGACAAGCCUCAUAAAUGGGGAUAUAGAAUUUAUGUUCUUAGCGGUCAAUCAGGCUUCUGCUAUAAGUUUGAGAUAGAUUCAGGAAAUGAAAACAAAGUUUUGCCUAACGAACCAGAUCUAGGUGCGGCAUCAAACUGUGUUGUUAGAAUGGUCAGAGAAGUGCCCAGGCAUCAGAACUUUCGAAUUUAUUUUGACAAUUUUUUCAAUUCAUUGCCCAUUUUGAAAUACUUAGCGGAUGAAGGAAUUUUAGCUUUGGGUACUAUUCGAAGAAAAAGAAUUCCAAAUAACAAAACAAUUGAUAAUAUUAAUUUGAAGAAGCAUCCAAGUGGUACGUCUGUAGAAUAUGUCGCUGAUUUUGACGGAGUUGACAUAUCAGUAACAUCAUGGUUGGAUAAUAAAGUCGUAUCAUUGGCAUCCAACUAUGCUGGAAUACUACUAGAGGACAAAGCACGUCGAUUCAACAAAGCCAAAAAGGAAUACGUAGAGAUUGACCGACCCUUUGCAGUAGCACAAUACAAUAGCUAUAUGGGAGGUGUUGAUCUGAUCGACAGCAUUAUUGGAAGAUAUAAAACUUUACUAAGAAGUAGACGCUGGCAGGUUCGCAUUUUUUACCAUCUACUCGACUUGACAGAUCUUCCGAGUUUCGGAUAAAUAUUGCAGAGGUGCUAACAAAAAUUGAUACCAAAUCAAUAAUAGGAAAAAGAAGUUCUAUGCUCGAAAACGAAUUGCAGCAAAGAAAACAAAGAGGUCCUACGCAACGCGUGCCAAAUCGAAUGGUACGGCAGGAUGAUUUUGGACAUUGGCCUUUGUGGGGUGAAAAACGAAUAAGGUGCAAGUACCCGAAGUGUACGGGAUUCUCAAGUAAUGGGUGGGAAAUGUGAAGUGGCCUUAUGUUUCAACAAGAGAAACAAUUGUUUUAAAAAUUUCCACUUAAAGUAAAGUUUAAUAAAUAUAUUAUUAAGAUAAAUAGUCGUAUAGUCAUUAAAUAAAUAUAAUAAUAUGUUAAAUAGUUUAAGAAUAUCCAAAUUAAAUAUUACGUUCUUCUAAAUACCCAGAGAA